AUGUCAAGUUAAUGUUUCCAGUGUAGUUCAGUGGUCGGUGAAUUAAUCAAUUGCAUUAUAAGUAGUGUUUUAAAUCAGAAAGCACUUCAUACUCGAUUUGGCUUAUAGUUAAUUGAAGUGAAGUAACUUAUUUUUGAUAAACCGUUUAGUUUUCUAAUGCAAAUAUUACAUAAAAGGAUAGAGAAUCAUACUGGCUGUGGAACAAUAUAUAUCUACAUCUUCGACGAUGACUAGCUCUUCAAACAAUCUGCCAGUAAAAGAGUUUUCACUCGUUCCAAAGAUUAUAAAUGGUGGUAUAGCAGGCAUUAUCGGAGUAUCAUGUGUGUUUCCACUAGAUCUUGUGAAGACACGAUUGCAGAAUCAACAAAUCGGUCCGAAUGGAGAAAAAAUGUACAGAUCAAUGUUCGAUUGCUUCAGAAAAACGUACAGAGUGGAAGGUUAUUUCGGAAUGUAUCGUGGCUCAGCUGUUAAUAUUCUCCUCAUAACACCAGAAAAAGCAAUCAAAUUAGCUGCUAAUGACUUCUUCAGACAUAAUCUUACAACAAAAGAUGGCAAAUUGCCCAUCUUUCGGCAAAUGAUAGCCGGAGGCCUAGCUGGUUUAUGUCAAAUAGUCAUAACGACACCAAUGGAACUUCUCAAAAUUCAAAUGCAAGAUGCAGGUCGCAUAGCUGCACAGGCCAAAGAAUCUGGAAAAUCCAUUCACAAGAUAUCUGCCACUCAAAUUGCUCUGGAAUUAUUAAAGACGAAAGGGAUUACCGGGCUGUAUAAAGGUACUGGCGCUACCAUGUUACGUGAUGUUUCUUUUUCAGUGGUAUAUUUCCCAUUGUUUGCAACGCUCAAUGAUUUAGGGCCUCGAAAAGCAGAUGAUUCAGGAGAAGCUGUAUUUUGGUGUUCGUUUUUGAGUGGAUGCGCGGCUGGAUCCUUAGCUGCAUUGGCGGUUAACCCAUUUGAUGUCAUUAAAACAAGACUACAAGCUAUUAAAAAAGCCGAAGGAGAAAUGCAAUUCAAUGGAGUUGCAGACUGCAUCAGGAAAACGUUUACCAUCGAAGGACCUCAAGCAUUUUUCAAAGGAGGACUUUGCCGAAUGAUUGUUAUAGCUCCACUAUUUGGAAUAGCACAAAUGGUAUACUUUUUGGGCGUAGCCGAGUCAUUGCUUGGUAUCAGUCAAACAAAAGUCUAAAAAGAAACAAAACAAAUUGUUCUCGUGCGUUGGAUCAGAUAGAGUUUAGUAUGUAGGCGAUUCCAUAUAAACGUUGUUUUCUACGCAACAAAAUAUAAUGUUCAGAUCGGAUCUUCGAAGAAGUGUUGGAUGUUGGUAUAUAUAAUACGAUAUGACAUAAUAGGAAAUGAUAUAUAGUAUGAUAUGGUGUGAUAUGAUACAUAUUAUAAAGAUAUAAUAUGGCAUGAUAUGAUACGGUAUGAUAUGAUAUGAUACAUAAUCAGGAUAGCAAUGCUCGACAAAAAAACAGUGUUGGUCCUGAAGUGUUCCUUGAAAAGUAGAUGGAAAAUGUUUAAAAUGGUGUUUUUCGUUUGUCUGAAAUUCGUCAGGUUGUUAUGAGGAUUUGUAGAUUUUUUGUAUUGCCGAUUAUAAAAAUAGUCACCCAGUGGGAUUGAAAAUUAGAAGAAAACAAGUCAAAAAAGUGACUAUUCAUGGUACACAUUUGUUAAUUUCAAUGGUGUUAUUAGAUUUUGUACACAAGUUUUGCAUUUUUAAAGAGAAGAAAAGUAGCUAAAAUACUAGCAAUUUCACGCGCGCGUCGUUUAUUAUUAUCAUAACUACUAGAAAGAGAAGCAAGCAGCUUUGUUACGCAUAGUAACGAAAAAUGAUAAACAAAUAUGAUAAUUUAAUACAUAAAAUUAUAAUAAGUUUAUAAGAGGCAGGAAAUGAAGAACAGAGUUCCUUUUUUGUCACUUCUCACGACAUGGGAGCAGAAUCAAGCAAGAUAAUAGUGAAAUCAACCUUCUAGUGGGCACCAUUUCUCUCUACGAUUAUUGGAUAUUCAAUAAACGAUAAAUGAUUAUCCAAGUAUUUAUUGUAUUGUGGGAAAAUAUUAAAAUAGAAGUGUUUGAUGCAAAACCAAUGCAAAUCACAAGUUAUUCGACAAGAACCAUGAUGGGAAAGCAAGCAGAGUGCUUCAUAGGUGAAGAAAGCUUUCUUCUAAAUGGCGACCGGACGGUUCGAGAGCGAUUUUUCCCAUACCCGCGAGCAACGACAUUAUUUCGUCCAUUCUCGGGUGAGCAUGAAAAGCAACUAUUGGAUUAUUAUUAGGGAACUGAGAGUCGAGUGAUUAAAAAGUAGAAUGCAACUCUCAUAACUGCCCGUAACUGCACUUUCCGAACAACCCAAGUUCAUUCGGAAAAUCAAAGCUAAUCCCAACAUCUCUGAUAAUGAUUUGGCGAAAAAACUGAAAACUAACCGCUGUACUGUUGGCGAGCAUGUCUCCGAAAAUGCUACAAAUGUUAAUAUGAAAAUAAACAACUCAAUCGAAGCCUCAAACAACAAACAGCGUUCAAAAUUCGAGAACGUAUGCUGUACCACCAGAUGCUGAUGAAUCUCAUUGGAUGUUCCUUGAAGGACAAUGAACCACACAGGAAAACCGAUGUUAUACAUAUAAUGGAGCUCAAAUUCUAUAUGGCUCCUGAUCGCGGCAACUUUCCUGGGAGAAUCAAGUUUGUUUUCACGAAAAAGGAUUAUGAUUUGCCAAGGGAUCUAUUCCUGUGACAAGAAAAGCAUCGUCUUUGUGACGGAUAAGGCUACGAAUUUGGAAUUUUUAAAAAUGGGGUUCCCCAACAAACACUUAGUUCAGCCCCAUGAUGGUCUAGUUACGUUUUGGCCAGAUCUAACCAGUGGUCGUUGUAGCAAAACUAUACCCCAGUACUCCUAACGUAGAAAUAAAUGUGAGCGUCUGACAAUCACUAUUUCUCGAUCUGUAAGAUGGGAUUGAAAUAGUUGCAACAAGCUAUGGUCUCUCCAUUUUGGCGCUUGUUAUAUCAUUGUUCACUUUGUCAAAAGUGCCAGGUAGGUCUGUGUAAAUAACAUCGGUUUGAGCACUACAUUCCAUACUCUGUUAUGUUAUGCAUAACAGGUUAGUCGCAGUCAUUUUGAUCGUCACUUAGGUACUGCUUUCAGUGGGCCUGAAGAGGUUCUAUAAUCACUCAGCUCGAACAACUUCGAGACAGCACUCAAUGAAGUAAAGUGUAGGACUAACAUUCCUUCUAUUUCAAGCUUCGUUUUACGUACGGCCAUUGCCGGUAUUGAUCAAUAAAUAACUUUGUAUUACCAGGAUUUUUCCCAGGCAUUACCAUGUAUUGAUUUUCUGUGCAAUUUCAGCCAGUCUGUCCUAAUCGUUGUCAUGUGAUGAACCUUCGAGUUUUUUAGUUCGUUCCCAGUUUGCGCAUCUAGCCACCCAUUGUGAUGCUUUUUCAAUACCUUUCGCUAUGUUAUUCUUGGUUAUCAGUGAGCUCACUUUGGGCUACCUUGUGAUCAACAGUUAGUAGCAGCCACUGUAAACGUAUUUUCACAUACGUGGUUGCUCGUACCUUUAGCAACACUGGGCAUAACAAGCAUUUGGCUAAAUAUUUUUUGGUUUGGUCAGCAUGGAUAUAGCUAGGCAGAUUUUGAAUAUUUAAAUUGGUAUGGUACCAAUAAUUUGGCUAAUUCACUUAAAUUUAAUACAUUGUGCAAAUUGAAUGAUAUUUAGUUUAGAUAUAUGAACCAAUAUCUAUAGGAUACCGCAUCGGUUUGGAUCUAGCUGAAUAUCGACAACAAAAAUAAUCAAAUUUGCCAGUCGUCAUAUCCCUUCACAUCUACCGCUACCUGAAGCACGCGCCUUGGUGCUACCAGAUUCUAGGUAUCUCCAAAAUCCAAGAGCUCCACACUACAGAUCUCUAAGCCUAAAAAUUGUAACCUGGAGCCCACCGCCAAACUCACGAUACUCAGUGCACUGCUUGGUUUCAGUACUGUUAAUAAAAUUAUGACCUGAUGGAAUAUUCGUAACAAAUUGUGUUGUAUAUCAGGUUCGUUACGAAAGAUAUAGGUUUGAUAAUCUUCUGACCAAGAAACCGUUUAAACAUAUUUACUGCUGUAAGUUGUCGUGAUGAGAUUUAUUUUUACUUCUAUUUAACAUAGAUUAUACCGUUGGAAUGAAUAGAGGAGUAGUCCUUUAGUAAACGAAAAGGUGACUAGGCGGGUUAAGCUAGAUAUUGGCGAACGGUAGGCUAUUGAAACUUGUUCUAGGCUACCCGCCGUAACUUACAAUUUACUCUAAAGUUUGUGUGGGCUAUAUCAGAUUGGUUGUGGUUGUGGUUGGAGCGGGUAACUUUUUAAUUCUUAUUAGCAUGAUAUGGUCUACAUCCGCCAACAUGUACUCGCGCCAUCCUCGCUGUUAUGUUUUUAACAUUACCCAACUUUAGUUUUCUCAUUCGAAAACAAAACUAUUGUGUAAAAUCGUUAAGUCUAUUUCAGAGCCCGCUCAUACUUGGUGAGAUGUUUUAUAAACAAGUAAUCCAUUUCCUGGUUAUAUUCCUAACAAACAAAAACAUUUCGAUCAUAACAUCAUAUGAUAGUAGUACUGUUAUUGAAGACUCUUUCCAGAAAAGCAGUAAUGAUUCGUGUAAAGUUUGAAUAAAUCGUUGAUCUUUGUGAAUAUGGUGAAGAGAAUGUUCUGAAUUGCCACACAAAAGGAUCCUAAAUGCUAAUAUCGGGAAGUCAGCUGAAAACAUAUUCUACAUCAGUAGUUUUCAACCGGGGGUGAAUUCACCCCGAGGGGUAAAUUGGACGAUUGUUGGGGGUGGAUUAUGCGGGACAAAUUUUAACUUGUUAUCCAAACAUUCCCGUCGGGUAUUUGUCUUUAUACAUUGUUUCAAUAUGUUAAGAAUUGAGAUGCUUACUGAGAGGGCCCUGGAAGAGGAAUCUUAUUGUAAAAUUGUGGGAAUCAUCGAAUUGACAAUCUUUUUCACAGGGUAAUAGGGCUACUACCUUUGGUAAGGUUUUCACCCGGAAAUUUUUACUGAUCUGGAAUAGGUUUUUGAACCUAUUUGACCUAUCUGCUAAGUUUAAAUUAGACAAGUAUAAACUCCUUCAUCUUUUUGUAACUCUUCGAAGUAUCAAUCACCAAUAUUGACUCACAUUGACCGUUUGUUCUUUUGUUUUGGCAAAGCAUGAUGCACACCACUACUUUGAGCUUUUCUUAUUAGCUGUAAAUUUAUCGCGUUUGUAAACCGUAUUGUCCACUUAGAUAGGUGUGAAAUUUCACUUCCCUGGCUAACGACAAAAAUCCAAAAGCACCCACUCACGCUGUGGAGGAGCUGCCGAACAACCAUUGCUCUCUGCCACAGCUAAGUACCGUGAAGCAGGCAGGAAAGCGGUAGCAUCUGUGAAGCAUACUGCGGUGUCUUUCGAAAUUGUUGCUGGGCACAAAAUACUCGGUUAUUCGUCAUCACAGUCGCUAGGAAGGUUCCAACAAAGUAGCAAGUCUUUUCUACCUGGCCAACAGUUAAGGUCCGCUUCUCAGAGCAGUCAACAUUAACACAGGAGGAACUCAUUUGAACAUAUUGAGUUAAAAUUAUUCAUCAUAUCACUACACUCGGAAAAAUAGAUGCAAACCCCGGAGGCCAUGAGAUCCUCUCCAAAAACUGUAGUCUCCGGUUCAAACCCGGAGGGGUAGCAACACUACAGGGUAAUGAUGGUGAACAAUUUUCAGAAAGGGGUAUAUCAUGGGGAUCAAUAUUCGGAAAGGGGUACAUGGAACGAAAAAGGUUGAAAACCACUGAUAAAAAGUGUCUGUAUCCGAAAUCAUCUCACUGUUUUCCACUGGCAUAUGGCGAAUCUUUUCUAAAAUCCACAUCGUGACGUUUCAGCCAUGCGCCACCAAGCCGUGCGCCGAACUACGCGCAUGUUCACUUUGCAUUAGUGCAAGCGAAAAAACGGUUUGACGAUUAUUUUUGUUUCGUUCUCACUCAUUUGUGUCACAUAUAGCAACAAAUCGACGAAACGCUAGUUUAUCUCGGGAUAGACAAUAAUAACUCUAGAGCAAGGGAUGAAUUGAGAAAUUUUUAAAGAAUCAAAAAUGUUUGUUAAAAACUAAAAUUACAAAAAAGAAUAAUCUUUAUUUGUUUUAUUUUGUCAACGAAAAAAAACAUUUGAUAAGUGGAGAAACGAUCAAUAAAAAAGUUUUCUAACAAGAACUCAUAUUGAAAUUUCCAAACACAAGCGUACACAAUAUGUCAUUUCAAAUCAAAAUAUACUAUUUAGUAGAAUCAGAUAUUCAUUGUUUCCUUGCAGCUAUUGUAAAGUGCCCCUUGGUGUCCAACGAUAAGUUUCAGGAAAUUCAUUUUGACACAAAUUUAUAAUUCCAGCAUUUUUAAUAAAUUAAAUCUUUUUGUUGAAACAAAAUAUAAAAUAUCUUGAAAACGAUAUUUUGGAAAAUUUUUGUUAUAUUUUGUUUUGAUUUGAAAUAAAAUUUUAUAAUCAAAUUCUAUAAGCAAAAUUGGGUUUUUUGGCACAUAGUAUAAAUUCUCAAAAUAUGUAUAAUUGAUAGUUUCUUUAUUGUGCAAAUACGUUUGAAACUUUUCUUUUUCAUAUUUAUGAUGAAAAACAUUUGCAACUGUCAUGAUUAUCUGUCAGUAAUAUUCCAAACGAACAAAACACAUGGAGUUGACUCGUUCGGAAUGACAUUGACAAAUAAUCAUUGUUCCAAUUUUGACAGUGUCAUUACUCUCCUUAUAUGCACUCAGGCGUGCAGUAUAUUACCAGCACCCGAAUAGAAUUUUACAAUAGCAUUUAACCUACAAUUAUAAAACAAUAAAUAUUAUAGUUAUUACUGUUUCAGCACUGUUCGACGCAGUGUUCUCGCAGUAGAUUUACAAUAAAUUUUAAUGCAACAAUUAAUUUUACUGUUCAGUAAAAAAACUGAUACAGUAAAUUCACAUUUACUUUUACUGUUUCGAGAAAAAAAACUGUAGGAAAAAAAAUUGAUUUUUUAAUGUUAAGAUACAUAACUACCCCCCUUUUUUACUGUAAAAGUCGAUUUUACAUUGAAAUUUACUGCAGAAAUGUUAAAGCUUAUUGUUUUUGUAUUGUAGCAUAACACUAUAAUUUACUGUAAAUUAUUGUAAAAUUACUGUACUGUCACAGUGAAAAUCAUGGUUAUGUUACUGUCGAUUUCUAUUCGGGCAAACCAGAGAUUUUGUGCUUGUUUCUCGAGUUAUCAGGACCAGCCAGUUUUUUACAAGUUUACAUUUGUGAUUUUUCGGAUUUAGUGUCUAACUGGUGCCAAUACGGUGUCAUCUACUGAUGAGAUUAAUUCAAAACGCAAAAUCCCCCUUUUGGCAUUUAGCUUUUAAUCCGCCCAUUUGUAUAACACUCUGUUAGAAAGGACAUUUAUUUUCGUGGAUUUUAAACACAGAAAACAUUCUCUGUAUUUCAGGAUUCAUGUUUCAAAAAUAAG